GGGUGGUCACGUGACUCACAGUAAACACGGAAGCACAGCAGCGCAGAGUCUCUCUGCAGUUGUGUUUUGUUAACGGUCAGUUUAACGUCUGUCUGCCGCCGCAGCGGGUUCUUCAUCUUCCGGCUUGUGUCGUUUUCUGCGCUCAGAGGAAGCAGGAUGGAUAAAUGUUUGAUGUUCGCGGUGAUACUGAGUCUGAAUGCAGUUAUUACUCAGGUCAACUGCAAGAGAGUCACCAACGUAAAGAUUUUGGGUUUUGACUGGAAGAACUGUGGGAAGCCUGACGAUCCAGCCGUGCUGAAGAGUCUGAAAGUGUCUCCGGAUCCCAUCGCCAUCCCGGGUGACCUGACGGCCUCGGCCUCCGGAUCCACGUCUGUUGAGCUGACCGCUCCUCUGUCUGUGAAUGUGACUCUGGAGAAGGAGGUGGCAGGUUUCUGGGUGAAGGUUCCCUGUGUGGAGGAGUUGGGCAGUUGUCACUACAGGGAUGCUUGUGAGAUUUUAAACCAGCUGAUCCCACCUGGUCAGGACUGUCCUGAGCCGCUGCACAGCUACGGCCUGCCCUGCCAUUGCCCCUUCAAACCUGGCUCGUACUCUCUGCCCCAGUCAGACUUCCACCUGCCCAACAUGGAUCUGCCCUACUGGCUCACCAACGGGAACUACCGGGUCCAGGGCGUCCUGGGCAGCGAGGCCGGCGAGCUGGGCUGCCUCAAAAUCGCUCUUUCCCUCCACUCCAACUAAACCAACAAACCAAAACCAGUCUGAAGAGCUUGAGAGGGAGUUUUAGUCCUUUUUGCCAACUGUUCUGCUCUUCAAAUGAUUGAAUAACGGAUGAAGAAGAGAAGAGAGAAGAAGUAUAAUUCAUCCUGUCACACAAACCCCAUGGUGCCUUGCAGCUGCACUGCAUUCUGGUCCAUUUUUUCUGAUGUAUUCAAUUACUGAAACUCUUGUCAGAACUUCUGGAAAUAUGUAGAUACGACAUCACUUCAGUUCUGUUCUUUCAUCCGGUGAUAAAGAUUACUGGAGGAAUUUUCUUUUCAGUCGCACUUCCUUAAAUCUAUGACAUGAAUAUCAUGUCUUUUGGAAAGUGAAAAAAAAAGCUUUGAAAGGUUGAAAUCUAUUAAACAAGGUUUUGCAAGACUGAAACUAAGUUUUGAAGGUUUGCAUCAUGUUUUCAUUGGCUGACAACGAAAUUUAAAUCUCUGCAAACAUUAUUGUUAUAUUUGAGUUUCCCUUCUUCACAGCUGCAGCUCCUUCUCCAACAUUUUCAUUGUUUUCUUGGUUUGUUAGUUUAUUUUCCAGGUUUGAAACCUUGUAAAUGGUUUGAAAACUGGUGCACAUACAGCAUGUUGGGAAAAAAAGUUUUGAAACGUUGAAACUUGAGUUUCGAAAGGACGAAUCUUCAUUUUGAAACUUUUGCGGAUGUACGUUUGCACUCGUUUUGCAGACUGUUGUUCCACAGCUGAGUUUACAACACAGAAACAGACUCUGAGUUUCUGACUUGAAUGUCGACCGUUCCGUUGCACUUUUCUCUUUCGGAGGUCGUUUUAUUUCUAGUUCCCAGUACAAGGGAUUGCAGCUUAACGCCUCUGCCUCCAGGAGCUUUCAGACUGUCUGUUUUCAGAGUUUUAGAGUUUCAGACCAGAGCUGCGAGAUGAGAAAGCUGCCAGAAAUCAUGUGACUCGCAGGCUGGCAGCUGUGUGGGCAGAUCUGGGAAGAGUAUGUGUUGUAAACUGAGCUGUGAAAGAACAUUCUGCAGUAUGAGUGCAGAUGUACAUCCGUAAAAUGAAGAUUCGCCCUUUUGAAACUCAAGAAACUCAACAUUUCAAAACUUUUUUUUUCCCAACAGUUUUCAUCUCACCGUUUACAAAGUUUCAAACCUGGAAAACAAACUUGGAGAAACGCUGUAACGCCUGGAGAAGAGCUGCAGCUGUGAAGAAGGAAAACUCAAACAUAAAAAUAAUGUUUGCAGAGAUUUUAAUUUUUUUUCAGCCUAUCAAAAUAAAAUGCAAACCUUCAGAACGUAGUUUCAAUCUUGCAGUUUGUUUGCUCACUGUAAACUUUUUUGGGAACAUUUUGAUCUGUGUGUUGUUUAUGUUGUUUUUUUAAUAAUAAUAAUUAUAAUAAUGGCCUUCAUAUAUUCUGAAGUGCUUUCUCAUUGGUUUGUGAUGCUAUGAGGGGUUUUUUAAGUGCUUUGGGUUCUUUCCUUCAAUCACUGAUUGUCUCUUUUUGUAAAUGGUGAAAAGGGUUUUGGAGGCUCAUGCAGCUCAUUAAUAGUUAAUUAAUAUUAAUCAGUUUAUAUGAGAGAUGUUUGUCUUCUUGAUGAGGUUCUUCUUAAAUUGUUUUAUUGAUUUAUUUUUUGAACUUUGUUUAUUUUAAAUAAGUACCUGACUGGAUUUGUAGCAGGACUUAAAACAGAUUAAAAUGAAUUAUUGAAACAUGAUCUGCGGGAGUAAAGACUGAUAUCAAUUAAUAAUAAUCAAUUUUCUACAUUGAUAAUAACGACGAUCUCAAAUGUUGAACAUUUCAGUCGUCAUGCACGAGAUUCAUUUCACACAAUGUACAGUUUUUAAUAAACUUCAUCCUAUAAAUUG